AUGGAGCCCGCGGCGGCCGGGCGGGCGGAGAAGACGUUCAGCUACGUGGUCAGAGCCCCCGGCAGGGACGGCUUUGACGUGAUGAACGUGGACGUGAAGAUCGACACGUCCUGGGUCUUCCAGGACGCGGAGGACAGCGGCGAGGAGCAGGGACGGCCCCCGGAAGGAGCAGCCCCCGGGAGCCCCGACGUGGACACGGGGACGCUCCGGAGGCAGCUGGAGUCCUCGGAGCAGAAGCUGCUGGCCGCCGUGGACAAAUACGUGGGGUCGGAGUCUGGGCUCAGGAGCAGAAUCCGGGAGCUGGAGCGGUCGGAGCGGGAGCUCCUGCGGAAGGUGGACCAGCUGAGCGCCCGCGCGUGCCGGGAGCGGAGCGCCUCCCUCCGGGCCCAGGAGCAGCUGGAGGCGCUGCAGGGGGAACUCGCCUGCCAGGUUCUGGAGCGGGAGCGCGCGGCCCGGCGGCUGCAGCGGCUGCGGGAGCAGCUGCGGCACAAGGACGAGGCGCUGGGGCGGCGGACGGCGGCCCUGGAGCGCUGCCGGCGGACCCAGCGGCGCGAGCUGGGCCUGGUGCGCGAGCAGGAGCGGGCCCUGCGGGCGCAGGUGCAGCGGCUGCAGCGGGACGUGCGGCGCCUCUGCCGCGCCGCGGGCCUCCUGCUGGCCGAGCUGGACGCCCCGGCCCUGGGCAGCACUCCGCCCCCGGGCCCCGCCGGCCCCCAGCGCGACCCCGAGGAAGCCGCGGAGGUGCGCGCCCUGCAGGCGAGGGCCGAGCGCGGCGAGCGGGAGCGGGACGAGGCGGCGCGCCGGCUGCGGGAGCAGCACGCCACGCAGCGCCAGCUCCGGGGGCAGCUGGAGGAGCUGCGCUGCCGCCUCUACGGGCUGCAGCUGUCGGAGAUCGGCCUGCAGAGCCGCGUGGAGGACCUCGCCGAGCAGAACCGGCGCCUGCGCGAGGAGCUGGGGGCCCAGGCCCCGGGGGAGCGAGUGCGCAGCGCGCCCCCUGCUGGCCACGGGAGCCUGGACGCCUGGGGCCGUGUCCAGGACGAGUGGCUGCUCCUGCCCUGGGAGGAGGCGCUGGAGGCCUGCGGACGCCCCGGCUGGCAGACACCUCCCCACCCCGACGGGGCCCCGGGACCACGCGCCUCCGCAGGCGAGCCGGCCCAGGUGCCCUGCGCCUGGGGUAGCGUCGAGGCUGGACGAGGCCCCUCGGAGCUGGUGCCCGGCCUGGGGACUGCAGCUGGGCUCCUGGGAGAGCUGGUGGCUCCUGACCACGGACGGCCUGCUCCGGCUGAGCCUGCCCCGCAUGGACAGACUCUCCUCCUGCUCUGUGGCUGCCCCUCGGGGCAGAGCGCCGACGCCUCCCUCCUCCCCGCGGAGCUGGCCUGGAUCCCCGCGCAGAGGCCAGCAGCCACCGCGGCCCAGGAGUCCCUCCUCCUGGUGCAGACGUCCGUGCUCCCGCCCUGGGGGCCCGCCGGUGGCCCCGCUGCCCUGCUGCUCCAGGCCGUGUUUCCAGAGCCCCAGAUCCAACAGGGGCUGGACGCUGCGCCCCUGCCUGCGCCCCGAGCCGUGGGACAGUCUUGCUGGAACCACCCCCCGACAGGGAGCCACGGAGCCCCCCUCUGCCGGGAGACCCCACAGACUCCAUCCCACCGCUUUCCUGGGACAGGGCCCGGCGAUCAGAGUGGCCCGUGGGAGGAGGGAGGAGGAGCCGCGGAGUGGAGAGCCGAGGCGUGGGGGGCGAGCAGGACAUGGGGCAGGAAGGAGGAAGACCUCAGGGACAGGUGCCAGCGGCGUCAGGGAAGUCAGGAGGACCCCAGCGUGGAGGACGGUGCUGAUGCCCUGGGAGGCCUGCAGAACACACGUGGGGCUUCCGGGCCCCUGGCCGCCUCCUGCCCUCGGCCCGGGUGGGAGCUCCCCCCGCCUCUUCCCCAGGGGGAGGCCGCCACGGCCACCGAGGGCCCCUUGUCCCUGGGCAGCAGACGGCGGGUGGAAGGGCACGUGUGGGGGCUCCUAGGAGGGCCUCACGGUGCCAAAGGGCCGUCUCCACCCGGCGCUCAGCUCCCGGAGGAGGACGGAGCCCCCAGGAGCCCCCAGGGCCACGAGGACAGCCCCUUGUGGGCCGUCACUGCCCCGCUGCUGCUGGAGGAACGCCCCGGGGAUGGGGGGCCCGGCCAGGAGCAGCCGCUGUGUCUGGAAGGAUCCAGCGUGGGCGCCAAGGAAUGGGAGGCGGAGGAAACCCUCUUCCUCGGGGGAGAGGGCGGUUUGCUGCCUCCCACACGGGCCUUCUCGCCCGCGGGAGCCCAACCUGCCAGGCCCCCAAGGCCCCCGACGCCCCCACGCGAAGGACAGGCCGGGCCUGCGCUCACAAUAGAGGCGUUCGCGGAGGAGAUGGAGGCCUGCUUCCUGCAGCUGUCGGUCCUGAGGCGUGGGAGCGGGGGCUGGGGGUGCGCGGCGGCCCCGUUGGCGGGGGAGGACGGGGGCUCUGCAGGGCGCAGUGGCCGGGAGCGCACCGAGGCUUGGGAGACGGGUCCGGCGAAGGCAGCAGGCCCCGAGGGGAGUCGUGAAGACGUGAGGCCAGGAGAGACCGAGGCCCUGGGCACCGGCCAUGUUCUCCCAGGGGCGGGGCCUGAUUCGGGGGACCUGCGCCCCGGCCCAGGGGGGCCCUCGGAGCUGGGCCAGAGCCCCCGUCCGCCACCGAGGGCCCUGGAGCGCACCAGGAGCCGGUUUCGUCGGCUGGUCGCCGGACUGAAGGAGGAGAGGAGCCGCGUUUUACAGGACAACGCCCGGCUUCGGCGAGACCGGGAGCGAUGCCAGGGAACCAUCCGGGCCCUCCGGACGCAGAGCGAGAGGCAGGCGGGCAGAGUCUCCGCGCUCGAGCGGGACAACGGGGCGCUGCUGGGCGACGUCUCCCGCCUGCGCGGGGAGCUGGACCAGUACCUGCAGCUCCUCGCCGACCUGGAGGACUGCAACGGGAGGAGCUACCGCCGGAUCUCCGAGCUGGAGGAGGAGAACGAGAGCCUGCGGCGGGGGCUGGGCCGGCUGCAGACGGCCGUGUCCGCGGGCGCCCGGCGGUGCCGGGGCCUCAUGCAGGACGCCGCCCAGGAGAACCGGGAGCUCAAGGCGCUGAUCUCGGAGCUCGGGCUGGGCUACAAAGAGCUGGUCAGGGAGGUGGUGCUGGGGAUAGAGGACAUGAUCGGGGCCCUUCGCGGGGAGAACGCGCACCUGCUGCGCAGGAUCCGGGUCCUGGAGAGGGAGGUCGCCCUGGGGGUGAGCUCAGACGCGGGGCGUCUCCGGGGAGCGGAGCAGCGCCCCCAGGGGAAAAGCCAGGUGGGGGCUGUGGACAGGGCGGUGCAGGCGAGUCCGCCCUCAGAGCCGCUGACGGCGGGAGCCCCUGGGCCGCCCUUGGAGAAGGACACGGGUCUGCCCGGAGGAGAGAGGGUGGGCCCUCCCGCGGGCACAGAGAGUCCCAGGCGUGGAGCUGAGGCGGCCACUCCUCCGCUGGUCGGGAGAAGGGCCGGUGUGUCCGGUGUCCUGCCGGGAGACAUCCGUGGGACGGGAGUGGAAGAGGCCGCGGUGGGGAAAGAGGACGGACCGCGGCGCUCUGCGGGCCCAGGGCUGGCGCUGACGCCCCUGGGCAGCGGCCACCAGCCCCCGGGCGCCGAGGCCGAGGCCGAGACCGCGGAGGAGGCCCUCCGGCUGCGUGUCCGGCGGCUCCACCACCAGGUGCGGACCCUGCAGUGCCAGCUCAGGGACCGGGCGUCUGCCGGCCGGCAGCUGCAGGCGGCCCGCGACCAGGCCCUCCGUCGCCGGGACCAGCUCCAGGGCCAGGUUGACGAACUUCAGAGAAAGCAACACGAGGCGACCUUGGCUGUGACCCCUCUGAAGGCCAAGCUGGCCUCCCUGGUCCAGAAGUGCCGGGACAGGAACCACCUGCUCACGCACCUGCUGCGGGAGCUGAGCCGCCACGGGCCGGCCGAUCGCCUGCUCUGCCAGACGGUGCGCAGCAUGGUAGACGACGUGGCGCUGGCCGAGUACACCGCCACCUUCCUGCCUCCCGGGGCCCCAGAGGCCCGCCGCCACCCCGCCGGGGAGCCGGAGACGCCAGCGGCUGUGACAGCUCAGAGCGCUCUCCUGAGUCCUGACAUGGACAGCGCCCUCCCAAGACCGUGGAGUCCGGAGCCCUGGCCCGUGACUGCGGCGGAGUGGCCAGCACAGACAGCGCGACUGGGUCCUCCGGAGCCUCCCCUGCCUCCGGGGCCGACGCCCGAUCCUGGACCUCGCCCGGCCGUGGCCACUGAGGCGCCGGGACUCCCCGAGCAGCGUCUGCGAGACGGAGGCGGAAUGUCCUGCCCGGCCCCCCAGGCCGCCGGCCCCCCGCCCUCCGAGCUGCUGAGCCCCGCCAGGAUCCUGGCCUUCCACCGGGAGCUCAGCCGGAGCGUCCGCGGCAGUCGCCGGGUCACUGCGUCACCGCUGGAGCUAUGA